UCAGAAAUAAUGUCUUCAGCAGUACUAGAAAACCACCCAUCUUCAUUAAAAAUGCCAAAUCAACGGAGUAAUAAUCGUCGAACGUCGAAUAAUUUUAGUACAAUUUCCCAAAAGAAAUUUAAACACGAUAGAAGUGGAAGAAAACGUUCAAAAAGUUUUUCAGGCGGUGGUCCUAUGAAAAUGAAAAGUAUGAAACCGGUGUUACCAACAAAAUUUCUUUUAGGAGGAAACAUAAACGAUCCGUUAAAUUUAAAUAGUUUACAAGACGAAGAUAUAAACCGAGCAAUGAACGCCGUAACACCAAAAUCCUCUCCAAUUCCAACACCACCGCGAAGAAAAGGUCAAGUUGAAGUAAUCAUACCACCGAAUAUAAACGAUCCAUUAGAUUUAAUUGGUUGUGCGGAUGAAGCGGAAUUCGAACAACAAUUAUGUUCACCGAUUAAAAAAGGACGAAAAAAGCGAUUACGAAAAAAACGAACAAUGUCCGCGACAGUUUGUUCAAUAACGGAAAUAAAUUCCGCAGCUAAUAAUGAUGAUAUUGGUGGGACAUCCUCGUCUGAAGCGAAAACGCCAGAAUCAAGGCGAGAUUCGGCGAAAAUACCGGAAGGAUCUGAAGUAACAACGGUGGAGAAUGAAAGCGAAGGAUUAAUAACGGAAGUUAAUUUAAUAAAUCGCCCGGUGAUAAUUAAUAAAGAAUUGAAUUUAGAUCUAUCACCGAAAAAAGACAAGAACAAACGGAAAUCUGAUGAUCACAAAGAAAACGUGAAAAAAAUGAAAUACUCUAUGGAUAAAAUUGUUAGCCCGGUUAUUCCGCAACCUGGAGCUUGGUUAAAACGAAGUAAUAGUCAGGCGAUUAGGCACGUUAAGCCUGCUAGAGCUCCAGUUGAUCAGAAUCAUAUGCCUAAGUUUAAAGAAAAAAAUAAACAAUAUCAAUAUGGAAAUUAUAAUAGAUAUUAUGGUUAUAGAAAUCCAAAUAACGAGUUAGAUCCAAGACUGAGGUGCUUCUCGUACCAUCACGAUUUGUUCGAAGGCAAAGACAUUUUAGACAUAGGUUGUAACAUCGGUCACAUCACGCUGUCAGUAGCCAGGGAUUUCGGAGCGAAAAGUAUCGUCGGCCUGGAUAUCGAUAAGUCCUUGAUAGGCAUAGCGCGUAAGAACGUAAAAUAUUACGUUAGUAGCGCCGAAUCGCCUCGAAAUAACGACGAUCCCUCAUUCGUCGAUUUGACAGCCGGUCCGACAUUUUUUGUUAAUUCAGCAAAAAUCGAUCAUAAUGAUCAUGAUGAUAUUGGGAAAAGUAGUGAGUUAUAUCCCAUAUCGAUGCCUAUACUAUAUGGGCCUAUUGAUAUUCCAGGACUCAGUGAGAACAAACGCAAGGAACAUGGUUUUCCCUACAAUGUCAGUUUCGUACAAGGAAAUUACAUUUUGGACGAUGAAACUUUGUUAACGAUGGAGCAGCCGCAGUUCGAUGUGAUCUUGUGUUUGAGCGUGACCAAAUGGUUCCACUUAAAUUGGGGCGAUGCAGGAAUUAAACAAAGUUUUAGGCGGAUGUACGCACAACUUAGACCCGGAGGGAAACUUAUUUUAGAACCGCAAAAUUGGUCAAGUUAUAAGGGAAAGAAAAAGUUAACUGAAGAAAUCUAUAAAAAUUACAACUCGAUAGAAUUUUUCCCCGAAAAAUUCACACAAUAUCUUCUAUCGCCGGAAAUUGGAUUCGCCAAAAGCGAGAUUCUAGGAUUUCCUCAGCAUCAUUCGCGCGGUUUUCAACGGCCGAUUCAAGUGUUCACGAAGAGUACCAUGUUUCCCAGUGAAAGAGUCGAAGGACCUUUAAAUCCCGAAUUCGACCCGAAAGUUUACGCCCCAGUUAGUGAUAUUGACUAUUCCAGUUUAUCGCAAGAUUUCAGUCCUCGUGAAACGAAUCAUCAUAAUAACUGCGUCUCGAAGACCUCCAACAACUCCAAUUCUAUGAAUACUUCAAAAACGUUAACGCAGGAAGAACGUCUAGUUACGAACAAUACUUAAUUUUGAAUUAAUUCUUUUUUUUCUCUUGCCAUUUUUGCAUCUUAAAAAAACAAUCUUUACAAAAAUUUCAUUGUUAAAAAGCAUCCAUUCAUUUAUCAUUUUCUUUCCUUGUACAUUUUCUUCUUGUACAUAUACCAAGAAAUUGUUUUUUUUUUUUCAAUUUUUUUUAUAUGUUUUGCUUUGUAAAU